AUGGUUGCCACCUACACCAUCGCUGGCCGUCAAGUCGGCAGCCACUACCUUGCCAUGGGCUGGCUCGCCACCUUUGCUGGCGGCAUCUACUACGUCGCAUCUGGCCCCAAGGCCCCUGCAGCCAGCACCGCUGCCCCUCCGAUCAACGCCGCCAGCUCCGACGAGGCCGACUUCAUCAAGAAGUUUAUUGAGCAGGCUGAGAAGAAGAACUAA